ACUGUACAGCAAUAAAUCGAAAGAUGUUGGGAAGUUUGUGAUUUGUGUUGAAGGGAAUAUUGCGAGUGGAAAGACAACAUGCCUGGAGUACUUUGCAAACUCGUAUAACAUUGAGGCCCUGACAGAGCCUGUGCCAAAGUGGAGGAACAUUUGGAACCACAACCUGCUGGCACUGAUGUAUGAAGAUCCUUCGCGUUGGGCAAUUACUCUCCAGAGCUAUGUCCAGCUCACGAUGUUACAACAACACAUUCUGCCUCAGGUACAUGCACUGAACAGAAAAGAAAGUGUCAAAAUGUUAAUGAAGAAAAUAACAUUUCUCUUUUCCCUAUCCAGCUUCACCAUGCCAGCUGUGGAUUACGCCGUGCUCACCGAGUGGUUUAAUUGGAUCGUGACGAACGUCAAUAUUCCCAUCGAUUUGAUUGUGUAUCUUCAAACUGCUCCUGAGACUUGUCACGAGAGACUGAGAAUCCGGUGUCGGAAUGAGGAGCAAGUUAUUCCCUUAGAAUAUUUAGAAGCUCUUCAUCAGCUUCAUGAAGACUGGCUGAUCAGACAGACCUCCUUCAAAGUCCCUGCCCCUGUGUUGGUAAUCCCUGCAGAUCAUGAUGUUCAGAUGAUGCUGAAACAGUACGAGGACCACAAGGAGAAGAUUAUGCAUCCUGUUUGCAAAAGAUCUGCUACAUGAAAACUACAUGUAACUAGACGAUCAAUAACUUAAACCUUUCUCUUUACAAUGGAUGCUGUACAACCAAAACUGACACAGUGCUUCUAGGUUUGUUUUGCCAUGAGCUCCCACUCAGGACAUUGUGGACCAGUUGGAAUGAAUCCCAGCUUAUUUGAUGAUAGUUUAGUUGUCAUGUUAUUGGAGGCUUAAUUAUAAACGCUUGCCUUGUUGGCAUUGCUAUUGAAUGACUUCAUGCUUGGAUUUGAAAGUGUACUGGCUGUUACUCAUGAUCAGAGCUAGUUGUCUGUCUGGUACUAUUCCCUGGCCAUUGGAAAUGUUACAUUCCACACUUUAUUGUAUAAUUGGACAGAGAAGGCGGCUAUAUGAUUUAUGCAUUCUUCAAGUAAUGUUGUUAGGGUCAAGCAGCAAGCAUUAUGUUUAUCAUGUUUCUUAAGAUAAGCUCAACAUCUACUUAAAGUGCAAUGCAGAAUUUACAGAAAUCAGCCAUUUGGCCCAACUAGUCAGUGUUUAAUGCAUGUGAACUUUGUCCCACUUUGUCCAUCUCCCCUGUGUGCAGGAUAAAGCUUGAACAAGCUUACAAAAAUCAGUUAGGUGAAACCUAUACACAAUCCCAGCUGGAUUUAUUAUGUGUUGAGUUUUGUUUUUACUUUGGACUUUAGUUGUGGUUUUGGAAAGAGUGCAGAAGCAAUAAGGGUUCAAGAGGCUGAAUCCUCCUAACUUGUGCAUCUGAUUAGCCUCCUGUAACAUUCUGUGCUGUUCUGUAAACUUCUUUCCUUGGGAAGAUCCCAGAGAUGGUGCAGUUACAGAUACAUGGAUUGGCUGAGAUGCUGGGGAUUAUUCAGAGAGGAGGAAUCUUAAGGAGAGAUUAAAUGGAGGUGGUUAAAAUCAUAGACUGCUACAAUGGAGCAUUUAGAGCAGCAGUAUUUUCAGUGGAGGUUGGGUAAUGGCCAGGGCAGCAGGGACUUGGAUUCAGGUUACUGGGAAAAGAGGAAAAGUUUUUUAAUGCACAGAGUGGUUAGGAUUUGGAAAACACUGCUUGACUGUAAGUACUUAUGGAUCCAGCAGCAACUUUGGAAAGAGAAUUGGAUUAAAAUGAGAAGGAAGAAAUGGCUGUGGGGACAUUGGGAAAGUAAGUGAAUUGGAUGCACUGGAUUCCUUUAAAAAGAGCCAAAUGCACACAAGGUUUUGGACUAACAAGGGAGGCCAAGGUUAUCAGGACAUGAACAGCCUCCUCCUGCUUCAUGUGUGCACGUGUGUGCAUGCUUGAUAUAGAACAUAAAACUUAGAACAGUACAGGCCCUUCGGCCCAUGAUGUUGUGCCGGCCUAUUAUCCUACUCUAAGAUCAAUCUACCCUGCACACCCUAUAUUUUACUAUGUGCCUAUCCAAGAGUCGCUUAAAUGUCUCUAAAGUAUCUGACUCCACUACCACUGCUGGCAGCGCGUUCCACACGCCCACCACUCUCUGUGUGAAGAACCUACCUCUGACAUCUCCCCUAUAGCUUCCUCCAAUCACCUUAAAAUUAUGCCCCCUCAUAAUAGCCAUUUCCGCCUUGGGAAAAAGCCUCUGACUAUCCACUCUAUCUGUGCCUCUCAUCAUCUUGUGCACCUCUAUCAAGUCACCUCUCAUCCUUCUUCGCUCCAAUGAGAAAAGACCUAGUUCCUCAACCUUUCCUCAUAAGACCUGCCCUCCAGUCCAGGCAGCAUCCUGGUAAAUCUCCUCUGCACCCUCUCUAAAGCUCCCACAUCCUUCCUAUAAUGAGGUGACCAGAACUGAACACAAUAUUCCCAGUGUGGUCUGACCAGGGCCUAGCAUUCCCUUGGGAUUGAAGAUGUCUCACUCCCUCUCUGGUCCAGUGGCUUCUGAGGUGGCCGAUAGUCCAGUGUAGACUCUGCCACAUGUGGGGGGCAUGUGGCACUUGGAGGGUUGGGAGAUAGAUUAUUUGUGUGUUCUCUCCAACACCUCAACUUCACCUCCUGUAUGUUCCCAACAAUACCUCCUCAAUGUGCUUGACUCCUUCCUGAACGAACCAUUUUCCGUUUUACUUGUCACAAGCCAAGGCCUCCCAUGAGUUGGCGGGGGGGAUGUGUGAGCCACAUCUGCAAGGUUUUGAGGACAGCCCUAAAGAGAGGGGGAGCAGAAUGGAAAGGGAGAAUGUAACCCUGGCAUGGAUGUGUAAUGUCAGUUUCACCAUGACCCUUCAUCAUUUAAUUGUAUUUACCAUGUUUUAGUGUUGGAUAUAUGUUUACAUAAUUUAUUAUUACAUUUAAUGGAAAAUUGGUUACAUGAGCCUCUGUUUUUGGGGAAAAAAAAACUUAAUUAUCUCGUGCAAACAUAUGAAAUUAUUGUAUUGAUCCUCACUGACCGGGAGGUAGAGUUUUGAUUCCCGCUCUGGGGUAUUUUAGUUGGAGGAGAGAGUGUGAGAGGCAGUAGUGUUAUAUGUAUAGCAGAAUUAGUGAGACCGAUUGGAACACCUGGUGGAAGUGGCUUCAGGAGAGGAAGGGAAGUGAUCUUUGUGGGGGGGGAGGUUGAGGGCUAAUGGCUGUUUGCGACGACAGAUUUGUUCGAGCAUGUCAUGUAUUGUUGGGCAGAUCUCCAACUAGACCUGUAGCAUGCCAGGCCAAUGUAUUCCAUUGGCAUAGAUGGGUAAGGUUCUUCCCCCAACUCCCUCACCUGACAGUUGAGCUUGACAAACACUCUCUGGUCCAGGAGCACCGAGGAUUGCGCUCCUUUUUGGUAGGAGAAUUGACCCUGUGGUCAGUGUCCUUCCUGCAGGUGUACAGGAGGAUUAGGUAGGAAGGAGACUUGAGCCUGUGCUGGUUAUUUUUAUGGAUACGAUUGGGUUUAAGGCCAGCACUACCGCUAGAUGGAGCACUGUGGGCACAUGGCAUUUUGUGUAUAAUUACGAGUUUGGAACCUUGGCAGCCAAGGGGUCCUCGUCUGAGUGAACUGAUUGGACUUGGUCAGAAGUCACGCAACACCAGGUAACAGUCCAACAGGUUUAUUUGAAAUCACAAUCUUUCGAAGCGCUGCCCCUUCGUCGGGUGAAGGUCACCUGCUGUCAUGUGACUUCUAACCUUGUCCACCCCAGUCCAACACUGGCAUCUCCACAUCAUGGUUGGAAUUGAAACAAUCUGGAAUUUAUGAUGCUCAAUAAUCCACAGAUUUGUUGAAUUGUGCAAAUUGAGGUGUCCCACGAUCAGUACAGUCACAUUGUGACUCAUGACCACCUUGCUGGGCUGUUGUAAUCAGUGAGUCGGCUUCAGAGUUCCAAGCCUACACAAAAGUUUAGAAAGCAGAAUUGGGGAAGAUUUGCAAGACCCCUUUGAAUUAUUGCUGGGACCCCAGCUGGAGUGUUAUCACUCUAACAGGGACACACUGACAACUUCACACAUCUCCUGGUGGAUGUCUUUAACUGCACCGUACGUUGGGACCACACUGUAUUUUUGUAAACAUUCCUUUUGUUGUUGAUGUGUUAAAAUAAUGGAAAAUUAUUAUCUGAGCCUAUGUUUUUUGCUGUAUUCCAUUUCUCAUCAUCUCUUCCAUGACUAUGAUAUUUUAAGCUGAAAAUAAAGUAAUUUAGUAAACUCA